CGGAUAGGACCGGAUUGGGUCGGUUUUGGGUUUGGGUGAUGGGUUUUGGUUUGGUUUGGUUGAUCGCUUUUUGUUUUAUGGUUUGUGAUGCUUUUGGGGGUUGUUCAUCUGUUGCUUGCACCUGGCUGGCCGGCUUGAGUGAGGUGACUUUUACACAAAUACUGGCCUGCUCGUGUCGAAUCCUACGCAGGAGGCGAGCAAGCUCGUUUUUGACAAUGGCAUGUCUGUUAGUGCUAGUGGAGUCGGGUUGGCAGCAGCUUGCAUGGGACGAAGCAGUCACAAUCUGGCCUUGGACCAUAUUUUGGGUUACGAGAAAUAUCUCUUUCGUUCUAGGGAACUGGCUUGGUUUCGGUAUGAGGUUCUUCGCCUCAGCUGCAACUUCCAAGCGGUUGGCAGGUGAUAGAACCGAAGACCAGAAGCUGACUUCAUGAAACCUCUAGCAACAAGCUUCCAGUUACACAGCAGCAGCGGAAGAGUUGUGAGGGACUCGACCGUCUCGAGAUACCGCGCUUCAAGCCAGUGAGGUGGUCGUUGAUACCUCCCACCAGCCCUCCUUCCCAGCGGAUCCCGGGACACCACGCCGCAUACAGCCCGAUCAUCUCCCAGUGCCUCGAGCCUAAUCGUCCCUCGAGCCUAAUCAUCCCUCGAGCCGCGCGGCAGCGACGCCAUGCCGC